AUGCCAUCGUUUUCAUCAUUAUCAAGAUCACAGACAUUACCAACUUCUCGCAACCGAUAUCAUUUAUCACAGACACGUAACUCUGAAUAUUUUGUAAGUAAUAGUAAACCAUACUCAAAUUUGCAAUUAUCGAGUUCACAAUCAUUAACAUCAAAUUCACGAUCAUCGAAUUCACGAUCAUCGAAUUCACAAUCAUCAAAUUCACAAUCAUCAAUAGCAACAUCAAAUCCACAAUCAUCAAUAGCAACAUCAAAUCCACAAUCAUCAAUAGCAACAUCAAAUCCACAAUCAUCAAUAGCAACAUCAAAUCCACAAUCAUCAAUAGCAAAUUCACGAUCAUCAACAUCAAAUUCACAAUCAUCAACAUCAAAUUCACAAUCAUCAUCAUCAAAUUCACAAUCAUCAUCAUCAAAUUCACAAUCAUCAUCAUCAAAUUCACAAUCAUCGAAUUCACAAUCAUCAGCAUCAAAUUCACAAUCAUCAUCAUCAAAUUCACAAUCAUCAUCAUCAAAUUCACAAUUAUCAACAUCGGAUUCACAAUCAUCAUCAUCAAAUUCACAAUCAUCAACAUCUGAUUCACAAUCAUCAUCAUCAUUGAAACAAAAUCAUCCAAAUAAACAACAACAACUUGAACCAACUAGUCCGGCUAUAGUAGCCCAACCAAUCCCAAAUCCACAAAAUCCACAAAUAAGUUCAAGCAGAUCUCCUCAAAGAAACCCAAAUCCUCAAAAUACUCAAAUCAGAUUAAGCAAGUCGCCUCAACCAAAUCAUAGUUCACAACCAAGACCAAAUAGUCAACCUCAACCAAAACCAAAUAGACCACAUAAUCUACAACCAAAUCAACCAACUCCAUCAUCUCCAACCACCUCUCCUUCAUUAACUCCACCUAUAACAACUCCACCUUCAUUAAACCCAUCUACAACAAUUCCUUCUUCAUUAACCCCAUCUAUAACAAUUCCUUCUUCAUUAACCCCGUCUAUAACAACUUCCCCUUCAUUAACCCCAUUGUCUCUACAACUACAAAGAGUUUCAAUUGAUGAGUCUCAAGCAUACGAAGAAGAACCACCUCCACCCUACGAACCUAAUCCUAAGUUUGAAUUUACUGGUCCUGAUAUUAAAGUGACUCGUAAUGAAUCGUAUGAUGAUGGAAUUGAUCCUUAUGUAGCUAGAAAACUAGCUCGUGAAAAUCAAAAUUAA